UGGUAAAUUAUAUCACGCGGCAUAAGCUCCAAGCCCCGCCCUCCCCUGUCAGACUUCACGAUACUGACGUCAGGGAGUCCUCGCGGAGUGAUACAGCGCGAUCCGUCCCCGCUGUCACUGCUCGGAGCCGCCUCUCAGCCUAACCUGACCUCACUCAUUAGGCAGGUACGCCUCCCCGGCACAGGGCCCCUCCCACGCAUCGAGGAAGUGAGGCCUCUUCGGAAACUGGCUGGAUCCGGCUUUCGCGGGUCGAAGGCAAUGGCCGUGAUACUGGCUGCUGGUGUGCACAGAGCUUAGCGCUGACAAUGAGCGAGGCAGUGCGGAGAGCGGAGUCCGGCACCCAGUUACUUGCUAGGCUGGAAGGGCGAGCGUCACUGAAAGAACUUGAGCCUUUACUUUUUGCCAGCGUAGACUGUCCAGUUCAUGGUGAUGUCAUCGAAUUUCACGGUGCCGAAGGCACAGGGAAAACGGAAAUGUUUUGCCAUCUCAUUGCACGGUGCAUCUUACCUAAAUCGCAAGGUGGCUUACAGGUGGAAGUGAUCUACAUAGACACAGAUUAUCACUUUGAUAUGCUCCGGCUGGUGACUAUUCUUGAACACAGGCUGGCACAGAGCAAUGAGGAGACGGUGAAAGAGUGUUUGAGUCGCUUCUUCCUAGUCUGCUGCAACAGUAGCGUUCAGCUGCUGCUUACUCUCUAUUCACUAGAAAACAUGUUUUGCAGUCAUCCCACACUGUGCCUAUUAAUCAUAGAUAGUCUUUCUUCCUUCUACUGGAUAGACAGGAAUAAUGGAGGAGACAGCAUUGCCAAACAAGAGUCUAACAUGAGGAAAUGCACUGAGCUUCUCAAUAAACUGCUCAAAGAAUACAAGCUGGUCCUUUUCGCUUCAACGCAAACACUCAUGCAGAAAUUUUCAAAUGAUUUCAACAAAGGAUCUUCUCAUUCCACCGAACCCACUGCUUCCAUCUUGGACUUUAAGCCUUACCUCUGUAAGUUGUGGCAGCAUGUCACUACGCAUAGGGUCCUCUUCUCAAAAGACACAACGCCACCAGACAAUGUCCAGACAUUUUCCCUUACCUCCCGUCACCUGAAGACCAACAGUGUCACUAGACGCACGUUUGUGAUAGCUGAUUCUGGAGUGAAAUUUGUUUCUUGAUUUAGUGGUUAUUGUA